AUGACUGCAGAGGUAUGGGGAGGUAGUAAGCCAGCAAAUACGUUGGAGUGUCGAGGCUCGACCAAGGCUCGACGUGGAGAAGAGCUGUUUGCAUUCGCGUCCGAGGAUUCUCCACAGUUUCACACUAGCCAUCUCCAACGUGUGACCAUGGUAGCCGAAGCCACUACGCGCCAUCCACUAGCCUGGGUUCAUUUGGAGAUCAUGGAGAAAGUUAUUGAUGUGCUCAACGCGGACCACGAUGUUGACGCUAUGAAGGCGUGUUCACAGACCUGUCGAACCCUCCUUCCUCGCUGUCGAACACAUCUUUUUUCCAAGAUAGAUCUCGACCCUGCUUGCAGUCGAAUACCCCCACUGGUAGAUGACGACGACGACAGUGACUAUUCCCAGACGACUUUUUCGGGAUCCACGCGCAGAAUAACAUUAUUCCUCGAUCUGCUCGACCAGACACCUGAAAUCGCAUUCUACGUGCGGGACCUUGAUCUAUUCAUCCGCCAAGAGGACGCCAACUGCUCCAGAACCAUCCAUGCACUAAACAUGCUCUCCAACCUCAGCUCGUUCUCCCUGCGUCACGAUAAUGUAAAAUACGGGCAGUUUGCAUUAGACUGGGAUGAGAUGUCUCCCAAUUUCAUAUCCGCUGUCUAUCAUGUCAUCAGCUCGCCCAAAUUAACCCAGCUCAAGUUAAGCUCGGUCGUCAACUUCCCUCUGUCCAUCUUCUCCUUGUGCGGUGCCAUUGAGGAUCUCUCUUUUGGGGAUAUCAUGUGGCCAGAGGUUGGAUCUGCACCUCCCACGAUGACUCCCAUUCCCUUGAAGACGCUCACCUGCCAUGAUCACGGCAUUGUUUUCCUCAUCGCGUCAGUCCGUGGAGAAAAUGGAGACACAUUCGUGAACGAGAUACUACGCGCAUCUGAAGCUCUUGUCAGAGUCGAGUUCUAUGCGUACUCCGAGUGA